GGAACAAGUCGUUAGCGGGCCGGCGUGUAGCCGUGUCUUCGAAUUGGGAUAUCACAAUGCAUGAAGCAUUCUAUAAAGAAAUUAUUGAGACCAUCUGGAAAGGGAUGAAUGAUAGAUCGAGAGGUUUAGAAUGAACAUUUCACCUACUUUUUCUGUGUCUCCUCCAGGGUGUCGGAUCCCCUCCUGUCUCCGGGGAUAAAGGGAACAGGGACUCCUCCUCCUCCUCCUCCUCCUCUGGAGAAACAGCAUGUCCACCCUCACCACAAGCCCUACUCUCACUAUCACCAGCAUCAGUCUGCCAACGACGAAUACCAAGGCAGCUUUCAGAGCUGCUUCCAUUUUGGAGACUCCUACAGGAUGGAGCAGACGGUCGGAGGCGUCCAUGUCCCGGGAGAUUCUCACUCCUACACUUCCCAUCAACAGAAUGGCUUCCACAUGUCGACAAGCAACACAGGCACGGCAGGCUUCAGCAUGACCCAGGAGCUGCAAGGCGGCGCAGGGUGCCAGUUCUCUUCCAGCCCAGAGGAGAGCAUUUUCUUCCAGGUGGGCAGCUUUGACCGUAGCCUGAGCCACAUGUCCUCCGUCUACACAGAGACAUAGAGCAACACUGGAGCCGGGCACGCUUCACCACACCUACUCUGCAGUCCUUC